UGGGAGGAGUAAGGAGGCGGCUGCUGGCUUUGCUGGCGGAGGUAGCGCCAUGACAGCGGCUCAGUGAGUCGGCGCGGCCUGGGUCGGAUUCGCUGCUUGGCGGCCGCCUUUCGUGGUCAGUGUCUCCCGCCCUGCGGCUCUGCGGAGAUGUGAGCGUCGCGGCGGCUGAAGAUUUAAUAGGAAUGUCAAAAGAAAAAUAUGAUCCAAAAGAUCUACGUAAAAUAUAUGCAAUCAUGUCAUUAGAAGAGGCAGCUAAUGGGAAGAAAUCACACUGGGCAGAAUUGGAAAUCUCUGGUAAAGUGAGGAGUUUAAGUACUUCACUGUGGUCUUUGACGCAUUUGACUGUGCUGCAUCUGAACGACAACAACCUUACACGCAUUCCACCUGAUAUUGCCAAGCUCAAUAACCUAGUUUACUUGGAUCUAUCCUCUAAUAAAUUGCGCAGUUUACCAGCUGAAAUAGGAAAUAUGGUGUCACUCAGGGAUUUGCUUUUAAAUAACAAUCUGUUACGGGUUUUGCCUUACGAACUAGGACGACUGUUCCAGCUACAAACCCUGGGGUUAAAAGGCAAUCCGUUGUCACAGGAUAUCUUGAACCUCUAUCAAGAACCAGAUGGAACAAGAAAGCUACUGAACUAUAUGCUUGACAAUUUAGCAGUUCAUCCCGAGCAGCUUCCUCAGCGACCUUGGGUCACGUUGAAGGAGAGAGACCAAGUGUUGCCAACAGCAUUGUUCACUGUCAUGUGUUAUAAUGUUCUAUGUGACAAGUAUGCUACAAGACAGCUGUACGGCUACUGCCCAUCCUGGGCUUUGAACUGGGAGUACAGGAAAAAAGGGAUCAUGGAAGAAAUCGUAAACUGUGAUGCUGACAUCCUGAGCCUUCAGGAAGUAGAAACGGAGCAAUACUUCAACCUCUUUCUGCCUGAGUUGAAGCAACGAGGCUAUGAUGGGUUCUUCUGUCCAAAAUCUCGUGCCAAAUUAAUGUCUGAACAGGAAAGGAAGCAUGUAGAUGGAUGUGCAAUAUUCUUCAAAACAGAGAAAUUUGCAUUGGUGCAGAAGCACACAGUGGAAUUCAACCAAUUGGCAAUGGCCAAUUCAGAUGGCUCUGAAGCAAUGCUAAAUCGAGUCAUGACGAAAGAUAACAUUGGGGUCGCAGUACUGUUGGAAGUCCACAAGGAUCUUUUUGGAGGUGCAAAGGCACUUCAUGGAACAGAAAAGCAGCUAAUUCUGGUGGCUAAUGCACAUAUGCACUGGGACCCUGAAUACUCUGAUGUGAAGCUCAUUCAAACCAUGAUGAUUAUAUCUGAACUCAAAGCUAUCCUUGAGAAGUCAGCUGUAUCCCUUAGACCAAGUUGUCCUUCUGCAGACCCUAACUGCAUCCCAUUGGUGCUGUGCGCAGACCUCAAUUCACUGCCAGAUUCGGGUGUUGUGGAAUACUUGAGCACUGGAGGUGUUGCACAGAAUCACAAGGAUUUCAAGGAACUGAGGUACAACGAGUGUUUGACAAACUUCAGCUGUAAUGGAAAGAAUGGAACUUCAGAUGGCAGAAUUACUCAUGAUUUCCAACUCAAGAGUGCUUAUGAAAACAACUUGAUGCCUUACACAAAUUAUACUUUCGACUUCAAGGGUGUUAUUGACUACAUUUUCUAUUCCAAGACUCUAAUGAGAGUGCUGGGUGUUCUUGGCCCUUUGGAUCCUCAGUGGCUUGUGGAAAACUCUAUCACUGGAUGUCCGCACCCCCAUAUUCCUUCCGAUCACUUCUCACUGUUAAUACAGCUUGAACUUCAGCUUUUUCUGCCACCUUUGAAUGGUGUGCACUUGCCUAACAGGAGGUAGUGGAGCCCUGACCUGGAGGCACUGCCUGCUUUUAUGGACAUGUACAAUUAUAAAAUCAAAGUAUGACGGAGUGAAGUAUGGCUUGUAAAAAAAGACGUUAUUUGUUCUCUUUUCAAGUGUGUGUUCUGUAGGUUUCUAGUGUUACUGUUUCAUAGUUUAUUUCACUGUGUUGUCACUAAGGCCGGAGCAAACAAACUGAUGUUUUACUCAAACCUUUGGGGACACUGGAACUAGCGUUUUUCAUAACUCGAAGUGUUUAAUCUCACAAGGUUAUAUACUGUGUUCAUGUUUUCCUGUCGGAUUAUAUGCCUAAUCUGGCAUUAAAACAGCAGCAUUACAUGCUUUGCUAUACAGUGCCAUUGAUUCUUCUUCCAAAGACCGACAGGCAAAAUACCUUGAGAUAUUUGUUCUAAGUUUUGUCCCUGCCCUAGUUGCCUUGGAUCUUUUUAUAUGUCCGGUACCAAAAUUGUCUUGACUCAUUUCUCAAUAUUUGGAUGACAAUUUAAUGCCUUUUUGUUUGUCGUCCUCCAUUUCCUUGUCUACAUCAAUCAUUUAUUCUCAUUGUUUGCUUUAAUUCUUUAAUGCAUUUAAUUCUUUGUACGUUUUUGCUUUUGAAGACCAGCAUUCCUCCUGUAUUCUCAUCCUUUCAACAGUUUAGUGGAUCUCUGUUGGAUCUGAAUGAAGAGCUAAUUGAAGCCAUAGGGAAAUUUGUCCAGCUGUGAUUUGAUCUAAUUUUUUUAUGUAUGAUAUUUAGUUCAUACCUGGUAUCAUUAAAGGUGCGUGUUAUUUAUUGCUUUAGGGAGAGAGGCAAGUUUCAAAUUUUUCAAAUUGAUUACUGAAAAUGUAUUUAAAAGUAAUCCAAGAUUUUUGAAGAAGAAACCUGCUGCAUAUGGAUAAUUUUACAUCCUGAUGAAUCGUCAGAAAGCUUCUUCCAAGUGGACAAGGUGGGCAUGGGUGUAAUUUAGUGCUAUGCAUUAUCAACCAGCAGGGGGUUACAAUUCAGUAAAGUUAUUGGUUGAGACCAGGUUUCUCUUGAUACAAUGAAAUAAACCAUAGCAUAAGCAGUAAUUGAGAAGCAUCAGAAAUAGGUUAGUUGUGAUAUCAAGUACCUUAAAAUUACUGUGCAGUAAAUGAGCACCAUCUAAUGGUCGUUAAUUUUCAAGCUGUUUAUACCAAUAACGUAUUGCACUUUAUAAAGAAAUAGUUUUUGAUUGAUGCAGUAAAUUUGAAAUCUGUUUAAUGUGUCCCCCAGCCACUUCAAGGGGGAGGGGGAGAAACUGCUGCAUUUCAAGAACCAAUAUGUAGGGUUAUUUGAAUCAAAAGAACAGCAUAACUUCUGAUAUAUAAAAUCUUUUAAAUUGAAUUUAUAAUGCUGGUAUUACAUUGAAUAAAGUUUACAAGUGGCCAAGGCCUAUUUAUAGUAUUUACCAUUAACCAACUCUGAUCUUUGACUGGAUUUUGGCAUCAAGAUUAUCUGAAGUCUGUUUUAAGUCAGCACUUUAAUUCUAAAGCCUACAUUUUUGAAAGAUUGUUGUGUAUUUAAGGACAUAAAUUAUGGAGCAAGAUAAAUUUGAGGACAGUGGGACACCAGAAGGACCAAUUAAAUUGUGAAAACUAGAUUUUUUUGGUUGAGAAGAUUUGAACUUUUAGACCCUUUUUUAAAAUCCUAAUCCUAGUGCAUAAAAUAUUAUGAUCUUGCUUCUUAAAACAUGAUAAAUUAGCUUAUUCCAUGCAUUUACUUUAAUAACUACAAGCAAUAUUAUCUUCCCAUACUUCACUCCAAAUAUUUUGUCUGAUCUGUAUGUAUAAAAUGGAAUUUGAAAUUCAUCUGUAAUGAUUGUAUAUGAACUUCAGAGGAGCCCAUUUACUGAAUAUUUGUUUUCUUUUUUUAUAAUUGAAGAGGAAAACAAUUUUUGGGAAAGCUUAAAUGUUAAUAGCUGCAAACUUUGCUUACAAUAUAAAGGAAUCGAGACACUCUGUUGCAAGAGGGUGUUCCUCAGGUUUUCUUUGCUUCUGUAUGUAUUUUUCCAAAAUUCUGAUAACUGUGUUCGUUAAAUUAAAAUAUAUAAUAAAAUUAUAUAUUUCAAUUGAGGGAAAUAACAUUUAAAGGAAAAAAUGUAAAAUAGAGAUGAGCAAAUUUGCCAUGUGUGUUAAUUGCAGUUGUCCAGGCAAAUAAUACAGAAAGCACAGUCAGAUUCGUACAUGUAUCUGUUAUGUUUAUAUCAAUUGCUUCAUAACAAUGUGCCUCAUUCGAUUUGCUGAAGUACCAACACUGCCCAAGCAAGCAGAGAAAACCUGACUGGCCUUCCCCAGGCAACUUUUAAAAUUCUGUACGAUAAAUCUAUUAAGAUUUGUGAAGUUUUAUGUAAAAAAAAAGGCAGAAAAACAACUUAAAAACAAUUUUGUACAAGCUCUGUAGUGUGUUUAUCUUUGGUGUAAGGAAUGUGAGAUAUUGGAAACUGCACCAUAAGUCAGGUAUGGCACAAUGAGUUCUGAGACCAGCUUUUUUUCCAUCCUAUUCCUAGCACAAUUUGUCUUUUUUGCCUUUGUGUAAAGCAGGGGACCUACUCUCAGUGACAUAGGCUACAUAUGCAUAAGGUAUUCAUUAUUUUUUAGGUAUUAUGUAUUUGAUGUGGAAAGCUUCUCCUUCCUUGUUCAGUAAUAAUUUCUCUUGUUAGAAAUCCAUGCUAACUUCAAUGGAUUGAAAAGCUACUGAAUUCCAGUUUUUCAAGGUAUCACAUCACUCAGCAUUUAUGUUCGGUAAUGUGAUUUAUAGUGAAAUGUGAGUUUCACGACUUCAGUUACAAAAGGCAGAUUUUAGAGGUAAUAGUUGUAUGUUUUUAGAAUUGUUUAUGGCAGAGAGAGAAAAAUGCAGUUAAUUGAAACAAUAUUCCAAAAGAAAACCACUUAAUCAGCUUUUAAUUCACAGGUACUUUAAAUAUUAGCGCAGGAUUCUUAAAUUGAGCUGAUUUAAAAUGCAUUUUCCACAUCAGUUGUUCAGGGACUUCUGAGUACCUCUUUUUUAAAUCAGAUCAGGCUCUAAAAACUGAAAAAAAUCAUUGCACUUUUGUUAAUUUGUUUGAAAUUAAUUUAUUUUCAGAAAUCUCUGCCUUGAUAAUUCAUAAAUGAAUCAUUAAAAUCUUGGUUCUAAUGACCCACCAAAUUUUUCCCAUCUUACCAUUAGGAAAGAGACCGAGUUCUGAAAAUGUCGGAAUAAAUGGGUUCAGAUUUUUUACAUCUUGUACCUCAGCUGCUUAAGCCACUACUACAAGAAAGUACAUGCUGAUCUUGGAAGGCAAAGUGAAGCUAGAGUUGAUGUACUGUUGUGUAAACACCUAAAGGAUGGCCAUUGAGACUUUCUUGUAUUUGUUUUCUUCAGUUGAGCUCUGGAAAGCGUAACUUUGAGGCUACUUAUACACACAAUUUUAGAAGAUGUAAAUUGGACAAAAAUUGUAGUUCUGAUUUAAUACAUCUUUAAAGAUUUUGCUAAGUGGCCAGUGGGAUUUUAGAGUGAGCUGUAGUUAAAUCACUGCAUAGCUUGGAUAUUGUGCAUGUUUUUAGAUGUUCGAUUAUACCAAGAAAAAAUGAGUGAUAUGACUCUUUGAGACUGUGGUGCUUCGGUUUGCAAAACUUUGCUUAUGUUGUAUUAAAAGAUUAUAGUUUAUCAAUGUUGUAGUAGUGAAUUUGUUUUUUUUAAAACAUUGAUCAAACAUGUUCAGCAAUUGGCCACCUUUAUUUUUAUAACAUGUAUUUUUAAAGAAAAUAUUGUUAUUAAAAAUUCUCACAGUGGUUAAUAGGAAAUGAAAGUGGAUUGUGCUGGGUCACCAGAGUCUGUAUCAAAUUAUUGGUCAUUGGGUAGUACAGGUGUCCCCCGGUUUACGAAUGUUCGCUUUAUACCACUUUGCUUUUACGAAAGUUUUUCCCAGAUAAAUUGAUGAUUCUUUGCUUUAUGCCAUUUCGGCUUAAGAAAGGUUUCAUAGGAACUCUCUACCUUUGUAAAGGAGGGGACACCUGUAUUUAUUCUCCUGAACUAUGAGCAAUCAGAUAUUGCUCUCUCCCCUCUUUACAAAAAUAUGUGUUCCUUCUCAAGGUCAAUGGAUUAAAAUGCUUUAGUUUACUAAAAGUAAAUUGACUCUUAGUAUUAUAUCAGAUGGUAAUAUACUUUGAGUACAUUAUACGAAGUUCUUUGAUUUUCACUGGCUAAAUUCUUUUUAAAUCCAAAAAAUAUAUAAAGUGAAAAAUUUUAAUAUACAGACUCUCUUAAAUAUAUUGCAAUAUCUGAUCUGCUCUUGACCACAGUUGUUUAAUUACUAUUUGAAAUAUAUGAACCAAGCCAGUAAUUAUUCACACAGUGUGUCUUUAAACUUUUGGCAGCUCAGACAGGAGUGCUUCGCUUAUGCUACUCGAAGAAAGAUUUAAAGAAAGGUAUUUUUUUUUGAUAUGGAGGUCAGGUAUUGCUCUAAAUGUAUGGGGCUAAAUUAUGUCUGCUUCUUCCCUUGCACCUGUGUAUUUUAUUUUCUUUAACUGUAGGCAAUAAACAACCAUUUGAAAAUAU